GAUAAUAGUUUAUUCUAAACAAAAUCUACUAGUCAAUAUAAAUGAUAUGAAGUAGAUUCACAUGAAAUCAAAUCAAUCUUAUAAUAAUAAUCCCAAAAAGUAAUCUCCAUGAGUAUUACUCCAUUUCUUCUCUCACAUUUGUGAACAAAAACUUACUUCUUUCUUUUCCCAUCCUUUGAACAAAUUGAAGGGUCAUGAGAAAUGUGGUUUUGUUUUCAUUCAUUCUUUUGUUGGUUCUCAUCAUCUUUUGUGCUAAUAGAACCCCCAAAAGUAAAGAGCCAUCAUCAUGGAUAAUAAAUGAAGCACAAUCUUUUUAUCACCAUGUCAAAUAUAAUAGUCAUUCAGGUUAUGAACAUAUUUGGCCAGAUAUGGAAUUUGGAUGGAACAUCAUUGUUGGUACCUUGAUUGGAAUAUUUGGAGCAGCAUUUGGAAGUGUAGGUGGAGUUGGUGGUGGAGGAAUCUUUGUUCCAAUGCUAAUCUUGAUUAUUGGAUUUGAUCCAAAAUCAGCAACUGCUAUUUCAAAAUGUAUGGUUACUGGUGCUGCAAUAUCAAGUGUAUUUUUCAAUUUGAAGCUAAGGCAUCCAACACUUGAUAUACCAAUGAUUGAUUAUGAUUUGGUGCUUCUUAAUGCACCAGUAAUAAUUCUUGGUAUUAGCAUAGGAGUUGUUAUAAGUGUAGUUUUUGCAGAUUGGAUGAUCACUGUUCUAUUAAUUAUUAUCUUCAUAGUGACAUCAAUGAAGGCUUUUUUAAAGGGUCUCGACACAUGGAAAAAGGAAACCAUAAUGAAAAAAGAAGCUAUCAAGCUUUUAGAGUCUACUGCCACAAGCAGUGGAGAAGUGGAAUAUAAAUUUCUUCCUAGUUGUCCAAAUGAUGGGCCACAAAAGGAAAUUUUACAAGGGACCAUUCUUAGCAACAUUCGUUGGAAGAAAUUUGGACUUUUAUGUUUUGUUUGGUUUGCAGUCCUUCUCUUACAAAUUACCAAGCAGAACUAUACAACAACAUGUUCAAUGACAUAUUGGAUACUUUCCUUAUUACAAAUACCAGUUACUGUAGGGGUUUCUAUGUACCAAGCAAUAGGGCUAUAUCAAGGGAAGAAGAUAACUGUUUCAAAACAAGAUCAUGGAACACAUUGGCCUUUGCAUCUUCUAAUUUUAUCACUCUGUUGUGCUUUGUUAGCUGGAAUUUUGGGUGGACUUCUUGGUGUAGGUAGUGGAUUUGUUAUGGGUCCUUUGUUUAUUGAAUUGGGAAUUGCUCCUCAGGUAGCAAGUGCCACAGCUACAUUAGGAAUGACAUUCACAGCAUCUAUAUCUGUUGUACAAUAUUACCUCUUGAACCGUUUUCCUGUUCCUUAUGCACUCUACCUUACCCUUGUGGCUACGGUUGCAGCAUACAUAGGACAAAAAAUCAUUGACAAGCUCAUCAAUAUUUUUCAAAGGGCUUCCUUGAUUAUCUUUGUCUUGUCUUUCACAAUACUUGUCAGUGCAAUUGCACUAGGUGGAGUAGGAAUAUCACACAUGAUUGAGAAGAUUCAGAGGAAUGAAUAUAUGGGAUUUGAGGACCUUUGUUACUAGCUAGUAGUAUAGUAGGAUGCAUAUAUAGAGAGUUUCAUGUAUUAAUUUUGCACGAUUUAGUGUUAUUGUAUGCCUUUGCCACACAUGAAGAGGACAAUAUUUUGUUCUAUUCAAUUUUCAAAGGUUGAAUGAAUUUUUAUUAAUGAAAACGAUAAAUAACAAAAAUGUAUAAGUUGUGUCAACUCAUACAGUACAUCUUAUUAUUACUUUCUGUGAGAA